AUGUCGUGGAAGAAGACGGAAAGGUUGAUGGACACCAUCAGGCAUUAUGCCAAGUUCCCAGCGACCGGCGUGAGCUUGCGCCAGAUGGUUCAGUUCGGCGAGAAGCCGUCUUUCCUUGCCGAGGAGCUCCCAAUACGCCUGGCGCAUCGCGUGCACGAGUUAGAUACCUUACCAGAUGGCCUGAACGAGAUGCCUUCAGUAAAGAAGGUGCUGGACUGGUACGCGCAGUCGUUUGAGGAAAUCACACAAUUGCCAAGGCCAGAACUCGACAAGUCUGUGAAGGAAAGAUUAUUGAAACCUGGAAGGAGUAAAACCCAACAGCUACUGUCUGAAGCAACCCCGAACCCAAGCGUAACAGAAGGCCAGUAUGCCUCCCAGGCGGUGUCAUUACAGAACGGCAACGGAUGGAGCAAGAAGCAGCAUGCCGCCAGGAGAUAUUUUGCUAUGGUGGACGAUCACGGAGACUGGCCGCCAGAGCUGCAGCUGUACAAUCAAAAAUUCUCUCAGACUCUUAACAAGAUCAAGAGGCGGCACGACGGCGUUGUGACGACUAUGGCGCAGGGUAUCCUCGAAUACAAGCGGCAGAGACAGCGCAUGCAGAUCGACAACAACAUGCAAUCCUUCCUUGACCGAUUCUACAUGUCUCGUAUCGGCAUCCGCAUGCUCAUUGGCCAACACAUUGCCCUCACGGAUCAGUCGCACUAUCGCGAUCCAACCUACGUCGGCAUCAUAUGCACAAAGACCAACGUUCGCGACCUGGCGCAGGAGGCUAUCGAAAAUGCCCGCUUCGUCUGCGAGGACCACUACGGCUUGUUCGAGGCACCCAAGAUCCAGCUCGUCUGCAACCCAAAUAUCAACUUCAUGUACGUGCCGGGCCACCUGUCGCAUAUGCUGUUCGAGACCCUCAAAAACUCGCUGCGUGCCGUUGUCGAGACGCACGGCCAGGACAAGCAGGAGUUCCCCGUUACCAAAGUCAUCGUCGCCGAGGGCAAGGAGGACAUUACGAUCAAGAUCACCGAUGAAGGCGGUGGCAUCCCCAGGAGCGCCAUACCGCUCGUCUGGACAUAUAUGUACACCACCGUCGAUAGCACGCCUAAUCUGGACCCGGACUUCGACAAGAGCGAUUUCAAAGCACCGAUGGCUGGGUUUGGAUACGGUCUGCCGAUCUCAAGGCUGUACGCUAGGUACUUCGGCGGUGACCUGAAGCUCAUCUCUAUGGAAGGAUACGGCACCGAUGUCUACCUUCACCUCAACAGGCUGUCAAGUUCCUCUGAGCCCCUGCAAUAG